GUGAUCCUUGUCAGUUGAAAUUCAUAUCUCACUCCACCGAUUUCUCUCCCUCUUGACUGUUCCUAUGGCGGUGGUUCUCGGAAAUUUAGCGCUGUUAUUGGACGUGACCUCGGCACGGACAAUAAUAACGGACCGGAAGUCUCGUCCGGUGGCAGCCGACGUCGUUUUGAACCUACCAAAGAGGGACCUUCACGUUUACUACUCUGCUUUAACGAACAAGAUCUUUGACUCGGAGGGCGAGAGUCGGAAUCACCGGGUAGUGACACGUGGAAAGUCGAAUUCGAAGGUGAAUGGUGUGGAUUUCGAUGCAGGGUCGAGUGACGAAGAAAACGGAAAUGGUGACGAGGAGGAGUAUGAUUGGGAGAAGGAGAUGAGAAAGAGAGUGGAGGAGAUUGAAGAGAUGAGGGAGUUAGAAAAGAAAGCUGAGGAAAUACAGAGUAAAGUGGAGGAUGAUAUUGAAGCUGAAGCUAAAGAAGAGACUGAGGAAGAGAAGAAGAUGAGAGUCAGAAAAGAACUCGAAAAGGUGGCUAAGGAGCAGGCAGAGAGGAGAGCCACAGCACAAUUGAUGUUCGAGUUGGGACAAAAGGCUUAUGGUAAGGGCAUGUAUGGACGAGCCAUUGAGUUUCUUGAAGGUGCUCUCACUAUUAUUCCUAGACCCACAUUGUUUGGCGGUGAGAUUCAAAUAUGGCUUGCAAUGGCUUACGAGGCAAAUAACCGCCACGCAGAUUGCAUUGCUCUUUACCAGCAAUUGGAGAAGAAGCACCCCAGUGUCAGCAUUCGCCGCCAAGCUGCAGAUCUUAGAUACAUCUUACAAGCGCCUAAACUCAAGAUAUCUCAGGAGGAGAUGGUUACUAUUCCACUUAUUGGUUCUAGUUAUGACAGUUAUGCAGCAACAUGGACUGACAAAAACAAGGACAGGGAUGAAAGAAGUGGUUCAACAACCAACCAGCUUCCAUCAUCCAGAGACUUUCUAGGAGACUUUUUGGUGUGGCGACCUCCUGCAGGAUUGGAGAAAACCCGUGCAUUUUGGAUAGCUUUGACAUUGUGGUUUGGCUUGGUGGGAGCUGCGCUGCUUAUUCAAAGAUGAAUCAUAUUGUAAUUGUUGAGUAAUGUCUUCAUUUGAUUAUUUAAAGUUGCUGUUGUGUUCAUGUAAUAUUCUUUCAGUGUUAUUGUGAAUUCUCUGUAUUUGUAUCUUGAAGCAAUGUAUAUGUAUGUAUGAAGCAUGGAUGUGUAUUUCAUAUUUAGUUCUACCA